AUGUGUGCCGCUACAGUGGAAAUGGCCAGCCAACAUGGAAACGAGUGGCGAGGAGACCAAAAAGACACUUCUACUUCGCAAGCAGAUGCUGACGAAGACGACGAAGGCCCCAAGAGUGAAGACGGCUUCCUGCUCAGUCCUGGAGCUACUCGACACUCACAAGAAGUUAGUGAAGAGCUGCUCGAGACGCAAGUGGAGAUCAUGUUGCAAGAAUCAGCGACAGAAAUCUACUUCGUCCAACCCAGUCUUGUGGUUCUUGUUGACACCGAGGAAUUCUGGCGUCUCACCAAUCGAAACAAAGAGUACGACGACCUAGCGGCAUCGAAGAAUCUGACAGAGAAGUAUGUUGUAAAUCACUCGCAGACCCUUAACCUCCCUCAGAAGAACAAAGAAAUUUCAGCAGUGCCUGCUGCGCCAGUGUCAACGAAGGUAUCUGUCAGUCCCGCGGACAUAUUUGACGCAUUCAACGCAGUCGCUGUCCCUCGUAUCCACGAACUCCAACAUCAGUGGAUGAACGAGGCUCAGAGUUAUAUGGAUAAAGGCCUAAAGAUGCCUGGCAGCCUUUUGGAUGUCAAUAGCACCUUCGUGCAGCUUAACUACCAGUUCCACCUAUCUUCAGCCAGUAGGCGGGUGGCCUCCAGUGAUACAUCGGAUGGCAGCGCUACCAAGGAUGUGACAACCAUUUCGUUGCAUAAAGGAUACACGGCGCUCAAGACGAGGAGGAAUGACGGUCCCAUUGCUGGCGUUGGGUCACGAGACUCCAGCAGGAAGGUUGGCGUGGGAGCUGGUCCAAGCCUCCUGCAUGGAGGAAACUCGACGAGGAGCAUACGAAGGCAUCGACCAUCCAUUCAAAUCAGUGGGUCGGGCUCAGCCACUGACGAGAAGCGGGGGCCGCAGGCAGCGGCUCGUGAGGAAAUUUCUCAGUUUGAAAGGCUGGCUUGGCAGAUAGGCAAGGAAGCGCCACUCCCACGAUAUCUUCAGAACGGCCUAGUGAUUAUCGAGAGACUGCUGGCUCAGACUCGGUAUCAUUACCAGCACAUGUCCUACCGCAACUUCUCCAAGUGUGCGGAUCCCAACAGUGGAGUUAGACAGACAAACGGGCCGUCGAUCUUUCGACGUCUGCCACCUCCAGAUGAGCACAAGCGACCCGACGGUCUCAGUAUGCAGAUGAACGAAGAUGAAAACCAUGUAGGGCAAGCAAGUGCAGAUAUGGUUACAGGGGCAUUGACCAACGAGGAUCACACGGACCACGAGUCUGAAGAAGACAGCGAUGACAGAAACACGACGGAUGACGAGCAAAUUCCGCAACAGAAUUGCUCGACUGCAAAAUUUAAAGAGCUCUUCGAUUUUGACGGUCGAGCACUCACGUCUUCAAUGAGUGUUUCUACUGUGAACUGGAAUCCUGGAAACCAGGACUUGUUGGCGGUCGCCUACGGAACCAGUCCUGCUCCUCGAUCGGGAGUACCAACCGAUGGCUGGAUUCUGUUUUGGUCCUUGAGAAAUCCACUCGUCCCUGAGAGGAAACUUCAUACGCCCUCUGGCGUUCUUUCAUUGCAUUUCUCCUCCUUCAAUUCGAACCUCCUUGCCGCUGGAAUGGCAGACGGACACGUUGUUCUCUGGGACCUCAGAAAGCCGACCGAUCAGCCAGUGCUGCAGACUCACCCAGUUCUGUCCGUGCAGGGUUCCAGCAGACACAGUGAUGCCGUGUGGGAUGUACGAUGGGUCGAUCGAGGAGCUGAAAAGGUUCCCAGAGAGCAGUUGCUCUCCAUUGGAGGUGAUGGCAAGGUGUAUCAGUGGACGAUGAAGAAAGUAAUGGAAAAAACAACGAUCAUGUCGAUGAAACGCGUCGUCAACCCCCGUACGAAAGUGACAUGGAAUACGAACGGCGUUGACCCGAAGAACGACGCCGUCGUUUUUAUGUACGCGUCGGGGCUGUGUAUUGACAUCAGCGGCCAGGAUGCUUCCACGUAUAUUAUCGGAACUGAUGAGGGCCUGGUCCACAGGUGUUCCACGUCCUACAACGAGCAGUACCUCGAUACGUACGUUGGGCACACCGGACCCAUCAACAGGGUUUCAUACAAUCCCUUCGAUAGCGAAGUGUUUUCAAGUUGUUCCGAUGAUGGAACGAUACGCUUGUGGAAUGUGAAACAUCCCGAGACAGCCGUCGCGACGCUUCCGCCUUCGACGCACUACAGUGCUGUUACCGACUUCUCUUGGUUCGCAUUGAACUGCCCAGUGCUGGCUGUGGGAGACAAAGAAGGAUGCUCCACUGUAAUUAAGGCUGAAGACGAAGACAUUCCACGGUACUCAUCGCUCGAGCAGAAGGAAAGACUCCAAGCGGUGACUGAGCAACAAGCCAAGCAUUGGGUGGCCAUGUGA